GCCACUCUGCCCAUAUUUCCCAGACGCCGUUGCUGUGCAGCCCCUGGCGGUGCGACCUAUUUAGACGACGAUUCCACAAGUCCCGAUUGGCUUGGCCCCAUAACGUCGGCGUGCGCCUUGGCGAGAUUCCAGAAUGUCGCGCAACGGAGACAAGAAGCCCGUCGGCUUCGCGACUCAACUGACCGCGGGUGGUAUUGCUGGCGCAAUGGAGGCGCUAUGCUGCCAACCGCUUGACACCAUCAAAGUCCGUAUGCAGUUGUCAAGAUCGGGCAGGGCUCCCGGGACAAAGGCCAGAGGAUUCAUCGCCACGGGCGCCUUGAUUGUCCAGAGGGAGACCCCGCUUGCCCUGUACAAGGGGCUCGGUGCCGUCCUCUCGGGCAUCGUGCCCAAGAUGGCCAUCCGCUUCGCGAGCUUCGAGACAUACAAGGGCUGGCUGGCGGACAAGGAGACGGGCAAGACGAACGUCGGGAGCAUCUUCAUAGCCGGAUUGGGCGCGGGGACGACGGAAGCCGUGUUCGUCGUGACGCCCAUGGAAGUCGUCAAGAUCCGGCUGCAGGCGCAGCAGCACUCGCUCGCGGACCCGCUCGAGACGCCGCAAUACCGCAACGCGGGCCACGCCGUCUACAAAAUCGUCCGCGAAGAGGGCGCGGGGGCGCUCUACCGCGGCGUCACCCUGACCGCGCUCCGGCAGGCGACCAAUCAAGGCGCGAACUUCACCGCAUAUCAGGAACUCAAGAAGCUCGCACACAGCCUGCAGCCAGAGCUGGCGGACCUUCCGUCCUAUCAGCACAUGGCCAUCGGCCUCGUUUCUGGCGCGAUGGGGCCCUUCUCGAACGCGCCCAUCGACACGAUCAAGACCCGGCUGCAGAAGGCGACCGCCGCGCCGGGCACCACAGCGUGGCAGCGGAUCGCCGCGAUCGCGGGCGAGAUGUGGCGCGAAGAGGGCUUCCGCUCGUUCUACAAGGGCAUCACGCCGCGUGUGCUCCGCGUCGCGCCCGGGCAGGCGAUCGUGUUCGCGGUGUACGAGCGCGUGCGGAGGACUAUGGAGACGAUGAAGGGGUCGUCGGAGGACAAGGCUUUCAGCGAGUAACGCUUUCUGGUACCAUACUAUUUAUUGGACGUUCUGGCUACGUGGUUGGCAGUAUUGCUAUGAUACAUUGAGGCACCGGGGAUCACGAAAGCAAAUCCAUAUAUGAAUA